AUGCAUCUCGAACUUCUUUCUAUCUGCAAAUACUUUAAAUCCUGGAAGUUAAGUAGGGAUAAGGAAGAAAAAAAGGGUGAGAUUAGCUGGGUAAUGGAUGUAAGAGAUUCAUUAAAGAAAUUUUAUGAAAUGCAUAAAACAAAACCGUUAGGAAGCGCUUUAGGAAAAAUGUAUCGUCUUGCAUCACAGAUUUAUCAGCGGCUCAGAUGGCCAGGAGAACCAAUGAAGAAACUAACGAAAGAAGAGGAGAAGCGUCAUAAAUCAGCCAAAGAAUGUAAGUAUCGAGGUCCUGCACAUAGCAUAUGUAAUCUUCAGCUGCAAAUAAAACCCGAAGAAGCAAUGUUACUUAUUCGAUUUCACAAUAUGGAAAAAUACGAUGCGCAUUUCAUUGCCAAAGCGAUGGGACGAAUAAGUCAGGAAGAAAUUAAAGCGAUACCGCACAAUAUGGAAAAAUUAUUUAAGCUUCGAUAUUGGCCAUCAGAGGUGCUGAAGCAUGUACAGAAAAGAAUUGCAAAAAGCCUGGACAUUUAUACCGAAUUGAUAAUGAUCGAUGUUUUGCCCACCCAGAGAGAUUCCCAAUCACACAAAAUGGAUGUGACAAAAUUACCACCAAUCGAGGCAUUUAGCAGUAUUCUUAAUAAAAGCACUUGUGCUCCGAAAGAUUAUGAAAGAGCGCAGGAAGUAUGGAAAGCUUUUGGUAUGAAAACUUUCCGAGAAUACCAUGAUUUGUAUCUCAAACUUGAUGUAUUAUUAUUAGCUGAUGUGUUUGAAGCGAAUCGAAAAAUGAUGAAAGCCAAGUUUGGGCUUGAUAUAGCUCAUUAUGUAUCACUCCCUUCAUUCGCAGAAGAUUCGUUAUACAAGAUGACAGGACAGAAAAUUGAGCUAUUCACUGAUAACAACAUGUAUUUCUAUGGCGAGCGCGAUGAUGAAAUACAUGCCAACAGGCGGGCAUAG